UGCAUUCUAUAAACUCCAUCAGUUCUAUCGAAAAUUGCAAGACGGAAAUAGUGAAAAUUUAUUGUUCCCACAAUUUGGUAAAACAAAAAGAAAUAACUGUUUUUCAUUACGCUAUAAUUUCGCGAAUAAUUACUGUACAGUGAAACAAAAUCAAUAUGGAAGGAAAAGGCAAGAAAAAAAAACAGAAGUAUCAGCCCCUCGAUCUUGGAGAACCGAGCACCGCUGCCGUUCAGCAGCCCCAGCAACAACAAGCGCAGGGGGCGCAACAGGGUAAGCAGGAUAAAAAGGGGAAAGGAAAGCAGGCUCAACAGCAAAAGCAGCAACAAUCCGAACGAGGAGGAGAUGGACCACACGUAAAACCAUCGGAAUCUGGUCAGUCACCAAUCACCAUGGAUUGGUGGGGUUCUCCAUCUGAGCCCCAACGACAAAUCCAACAACAAGCGAAACCAGAACCAAAGGAAAUGCCAACGGGACAACAACAGAGCGGCGGAAAAAAUAAAAAAAAGCAACAGACACAACAGCAGGACCCGCAACAGCAACUGCAGCACUCUCAACAACAACAAAGGCAACCGCAGCAUCCACAGCAACAUCAACAACGGGGUCCUCCACAACAGCAGCAGCCUCCACAACAACCACAAUGGGCUACUCCACAACAACAGCAGCCCCCACAACAACAACAACAAUGGGUUCCACCGCAACAACGGCAGCAUCCUCCAAAACAACCACAAUGGGGCCCUCCCCAACAACAGCAGCCCCCACAACAACAACAACAACAACAACAACAACGGGGUCCACCGCAACAACAGCAACAGCCUCCACAACAACAUCCCACUCAGCAAGGCGGCAAACAGACUCAUGAACAAAAGCAGCAGCCACAGCAGCAACAACAACAGCAGCAGCAACAGCCACAACAAGGAAAACUAUCUUUCAAGCAAAGACAACAACUGAAGCAGCAACAACAACAGCAGGAGGAAGCAUCGGAUGUUCAAACGACACAACCAAGUACCCGCGAAGGAACACCAUCAUCUCAAUCAUCCCAUUCGUCCUCACCAUCCACGCAUGCAGCCGCCCUACAGCGUGUGGAUGAAGACUUCAAUCGGAUGAAGAUUGAUAAAGAGAAACUACGUACCUCUAAUUUGCUGCCGGUCCUUGUGCGCGCCAACGCAUUUGGCAAAGUCGGAAAGCCCAUUACGGUAGAGGUUAACUACAUCCAAAUGCUGCUAGACAGAUUGAUUUCGAACGCGUAUCACUACGAUGUCGACAUCAAGCCGGCUGCGUCCCGCAAAUGGCAGCGAGGUGCAUUCGCGAAAUUCUCUGCCGAUGUGCUUCCGAGCAAUAAGUUCGCCUUUGACGGUAACAAAAACGCUUACACCGCCCGGAAAUUGAAAGAUGACCAGUACCAGAAGGAAGUUACGGUGCGCGAAGAUGGUCGGGAUCGCAAAUUUACCGUCGUAAUGAAGCUGGCCGCUGUCGUGGACUUGAGUUGUCUUAAAAGUUAUAUGAACAAUGGAAAUCUCGCUAAGCCGAUGGCCGCCAUCCAAUGUUUGGAUGUUGUGUUGCGGACUGCGUACGAAAACAAUCCAAGAUUCGUGAAGUUCAAGAAAUCGAUAUAUGCUGUCCCCGACAAGCCCGAAGACAUUGGUGCAAACCACGAACUAUGGUAUGGGCUAUUCCAAUCGGCUCUACUGGGCUCGAAACCAUUCCUGAACAUAGAUGUGUCCCAUAAGGCAUUCCCAUCGGGUGGUAAGAUCCUUGAUAUUAUUCGCAACAUAACCAGAUCGAACACCGUAGACAGGCUCGCCGAUUGGCAGGAGAGAGAGGUGCACGAUUAUCUGAAGGGCAUGGAAUUGUCCUACAAUGGUCCGGAUGGUGUGGACAAAAUAUUCAAAUAUAACUCGCUGAAGAAGCCAGCCAAUCAGCAAACCUUCAAGCUCGAGGACGGCUCCGUUCAAACUAUUGAACAAUACUUCCAAAAGAAAGGUAAACGUCUGCAAUAUCCGAAUCUACCGGUUAUGCACGUUGGAAGCCGUGUGCGUAAUAUAAUGCUGCCAAUGGAACUGUGCAGUGUCCCUCGUGGCCAAGCAUUGACCAAAAAGCAUCCAGAUUCGUGCACGCAGAUGAUCAUCAGACGCUCGGCCACCGACACGGCUACGAGAAAGGCGAAAAUUAUGAACCUGUUCAACCAGAUUGGUUACAAUCAGGCACCGACUAUCCAGGAAUUCGGUGUGAAUGUAGGAAAUGCAUUCGAGGUUGUGGAUGGCAGGAUUAUCGAUCCACCGGAUAUAGUUUACCGUAAUAACAAGAGAAUCAAACCGUUCAGAGGAACCUGGCGGGCCGAUAAUUGUAAUUUCGUCGUGCCAAGCACUGCCGUUACGAAUCGUCAGCUCAAGUGGACCGUUUUGAAUUUGGAUUUCAGAACAAAACCCGAUGCCAUCGAGGGUUUCGGAAGGUCUAUCUACGAGAUGUCCCAGAAGCAGGGUGUCCUGCUAUCGCCAUUCUCGAUGAGAGACAACUUUACCGAGCCCCGAGACAUGAGAACCUGCAUUCGCGACCUCGACAACAUUUUGACUGAUUUGAAGAAGAAACAAAUGGAUUUGGUCAUCGUGAUACUUCCGGCUCCAGGCCGAGAUGGCGAUGUGUAUGCGAAGGUGAAGCAAAAGGCCGAACUUUUUACCGGUCUGCUGACACAGUGUAUAAAGGGGGAAACACUCUUUAGGAAACGGGGCGAUAUGAGCACAAUUAGCAAUAUCUGGCUUAAGAUAAACGCCAAAACCAACGGUUCCAACCAUAUGGUUGCCCCUCUACGUGAUCUACCGCUUGUCCGCAAGAAAAUCAUGUAUAUCGGAGCGGACGUAACGCAUCCGUCCCCUGAGCAGACCAACAUCCCUAGCGUGGUCGGUGUGGCUGCGUCGUAUGAUCUGCAUGGCUUCCGCUAUAAUUGCUGCUAUCGACUGCAGAACCCUAAAGAUGAAACCAUCCGAGAUCUGCAGAAUAUCGUCAGCAAGGAGUUGAAACAAUACCUUCAACAAAACAAUGCCGCACCGGAUCUGAUUAUGUACUACCGAGAUGGCGUGUCCGAGGGACAAUUUCCGGAAAUUAUGAACAUCGAGUUGAGGGCUAUACAAGCGGCAGCAGCUACCCUGAAACCAGGAUACAGACCGAACGUGACUUUCAUAGUGGUACAGAAGCGUCACCACGCUCGCUUCUUCCCCACCAAGACCACCCCAACCGAGGGCAAGAACAACAACGUUCCACCUGGAACAAUAGUGGAUCGUUAUAUCACGGCACCAAACCAGUACCAGUUUUUCUUGGUAUCACAUGCCGCAGUUCAAGGGGUUGCCAAACCGACCAAAUAUUGCGUGUUGUACGAUGACGAGAAGUGUGAUCCUGACCAACUGCAGGCGUUGACAUACAAUUUGUGCCAUUUGUUCGCCCGUUGCAAUCGUUCCGUAUCGUAUCCGGCUCCAACAUAUUAUGCCCAUCUGGCGGCCUACAGAGGAAGGGUGUACAUAAAGGAUCGCCCUCUCAAUAUGGAAAAUCUCGUGGACGAGUAUAGACGGCUGCAGAUCAAAUCUGAAAUCAUCGAUGGACAUCCAAUGUUCUUCGUUUAAGAUUUAAGAGAAAGAGAAAAUUGUUAUAUUUAUUCAGUUUAAAAGGCUAUUUUAUGAUGCAGCGAUAUAUUCUUGUGCGAUAUUUUUCGACCGGUAAUAAUGGUCCUAGAACAGCACCAAAUGAUAAAACUAUCGAGUGUUGUGAGUGCAUAUACAUUCUGAAUAGUCGAAUGAUUUAUCGGAUUCUUUUAUGUAUAUCACGUAUUAUAUCAUAAUAGCCUCUGUCGAUUUGACGCUGCAUUGUAAAAUACUCUUAGUGUGAUUUUUUUUCAAACAAUACUUUGGCAGCCUUUCUCAAAAUGAUGUUGCUUAUACAACAAUGAAGUGAAUUUAUAUUUAAUCACAAAAAAACAAUAAAAUUUUAUAAAAAAGCUUUUAAGUGUGUCCAGAGAGACAUCCUUAAAUCGACCAA